AUGAAUUAUUUAACUCCUAAAUAAUAAAAAUGGAGAUAAAUAGGCCCAUGCAUUACUGAUUUCACAUAUGAAAACAAUAUUGACUGGCCUGUCACCUCUUGUAAAUGGGGACCCAUUGUAUAGGAAUCCAAAGAAUACAUUCGACAAAAAGUAUAUUUUGCCAUCAAAACAGAUGGAAUUUAUGAUGAAGUUACCAAUAUCUGGAAGUAAACACCAUGUCAAUUAAUCGUGGCUACAGUAGGUAAUUAGAGAAUGAUUAUUUAGACAUUCCACAAGUGAAAUAUUCCAUCAAUCACCAAGUCACUUUUGUGUAUUAGUAAUUGCAAUUAUAUAAAAACCCGCAUCUAAAAAUACGCCAAAUCAUUGUCCAUCCAGGAGAUGUCAAUAUCAUCAAAUGCAACACAACUCAAAAACUAAUUGCUACCAAGAGUGACAAUAGCAAUGUGCUUGUGUGGGAUGUCACUAAACAUAAAAAUUAACAAAAUCCCAAAGAUCCACAUGCGGGUAUUCCUGAGAUCUAUUUGAUGGGUCACUCUCAACAAGGUCAUUCAACUGCUUUGGAUUGGUCUCAUGAAUACAAACUGGGAAGUGGAGGCAAAGAUUGUAAAAUCUUAUUGUGGGAUAUCAAUGAUUAUCAGACCCGUCUAUCUACAAGUUCUAUCUUCACAAGCAAAAGAGAAUUAAACAAUAUUUGUGGCAAUGAUUCAAUUAAAUUAGAUAAAAGAACUGUACUGACUGGACAUUAAGCUGAAGUUGUUGAUAUGUCCUUCAAUAAAUUUCAAACUGAUCAAUUGGUAUCCUGUUGUUAAAAUAGACAAAUUAUAUGUUGGGAUCAAAGAAUGGAUGGAGGAAAAUGUUGGAGUCUGGAUGAAGUACAUAAGAAAGAUAUUCAUUGUGUAAGUUGGAGUCAGCAUGAUGAAAAUUACAUAGCUAGUGGUUCAUUAGAUGGAAGUGUGCAUAUUAUUGACAUUCGUAAACCUAUUGGAAUCUAAGAAUAUGUUAAGGAAGUUGAUAACCUUUCAUAAGUUUAUUCCUUGUAAUUUGGACCUGAUAGAAAUCAUUUGACAAUUGGAAGUGAAGAACUAUAUUCAGUUAAUUUCUAAACCAAAGAAACCACGUUCUGUUAUUUUGGUCACAAGUAAAUGUCUUAUUUUAAUCAUUAUCAAGAGGAAGUAUCAAUGAUUUUGAUAUUAAUGAAAAAAGUCCUUGGACUUAUGUCAGUACAUGUCAAGAACACGAAUAUUUCGGUGGAGGGUGCUUACACAUAUAUCGCUUAUUAGAUUUAGUUUAUUUAAAUGAAGAAGAAGCAUAUUAGUAAUUAAGUAAUUGA